GUUACAUAAAAGCACAGAGGAAGUACAAUAUUAGGCCAAAGUUCAAUCUUUUUGUGUAUGGUCAAAAAUCUAUGUCGGUCAUUACUUUGAGAGAAAUACUGUACAGUAAACACCUUAUGAGCUAAUGCAUGGGUCUUGCUCACUAUUGGCAACAUACAUGAACACGACCGGCUGCCAAAUCAGGAAUAUCAACUUAACCUUCAUCGCAAAACUUCCCUUCAGGACUUGCCAAGGACCAAGACAAUGCUCGGCCUGUGCCACCCCCAGAACUUAGUCUUUGUUGCUUUCCUGUGGAGUCUUCCACCACUUUCCCUGGCUGGUAACAUCCUGGUGUAUCCUGUAGAUGGAAGCCACUGGCUUAACAUGGACAUACUGCUCAGAGAACUUCACAACAGAGGUCAUAAACUAACAGUGGUCCGUUCCUCCAAUAGCUGGUACAUUAAAGAGAACGCAACACACUACACGUCCAUCACCGUUCCUGUUUCACACAUCAGCAGCCUGGAGGAUCCAGAGUACAUGGCAUCUUUUCUGAGGAGAAACAUCGACAUUCAAAGAAACCAAGGGUCCAUUUGGUCAUUUAUUUCUCUGCAGAAACAAGUCCUCACUAUUUUAGGAGAAUGUCACAAAUCCUCUGCUGAGAUGGCGAGGACCAUCCUGGAAGAUAAAAAGCUGGGGAAAAAGCUCAAAACAUCCAAGUAUGAUUUAAUGCUGACUGACCCAGGCUUUGCAGGAGGAGUCGUUUUGGGGGCAUACCUAGGCCUGCCAAUGGUCUUCAAUGUCCGGUGGAUUAUAAAUGGGGAGGGCCACUUCGCGAUCGCACCCUCGCCUCUUUCCUACAUCCCGACUAUCGGAUCUGGUGUAACAGACAAAAUGACGUUUGUGAACAAAUUGAAAAAUGUCCUACAUUAUGGAAUUGGUCAGUACAUAGAUCACGUCAUCACAAGGCCUCUCUAUCAAGAAGUAAUCAGCAAAUACAUAGACCCGGGAUCCAACGUGUACUCUCUAACCCAAGGAGCCGAUCUGUGGCUCAUGAGAAUUGAUUUUGUAUUUGAGUUUCCUCGUCCUACAAUGCCCAAUGUGGUCUACAUCGGAGGCUUCCAGUGUAAACGCUCCAAGCCUCUCCCUGCUGAAUUGGAGACAUUUGUUCAGAGUUCAGGAGGACAUGGGGUGGUGAUCAUGUCUUUGGGUACUUUGCUUGGAAGUCUGGUUACGGACAUAUCAGAAGUUGUCGCGUCUGCCUUCGCUCGCUUGCCACAAAAGGUGAUCUGGAGGCAUGUAGGGGAAAAGCCAUCUACUUUAGGGAACAAUACGCUGAUAGUGGACUGGUUGCCACAGAAUGACCUCCUAGGCCAUCCUAAAACAAAAGCUUUCGUCACACACGGAGGAACAAAUGGAAUUUACGAGGCCAUCUAUCAUGGCGUACCGAUGCUUGGACUUCCACUCAUCUUUGACCAGUUUGACAACAUGGUUCGCCUCCAGGCCAAAGGAGUGGCCCGAGCGCUCGACGUCACAGCUUUGGAUGUAGAUACACUUACACAAGCCCUGAAAGACAUUCUAGAUGAAAAUCAACCAUACCAGAAAAAUAUGCACAGAAUGUCACGUUUACAUCAUGACACACCCUUAAAGCCAAUGGACAACGCCAUCUUCUGGCUGGAGUUUGUCAUGAGGCAUAAAGGGGCAGCACACUUGCGUACCGAAUCUUACAAGCUACCCUGGUAUUCCUACCACAACUUAGAUGUAUUGAUGCUUCUCGCAUGUUUGUUUAUGGCAAUCUGUCUGUUCUUGAUCUUGAUGAGCAGGGCUGUGCUGAAAGUUUUGGUCAGAAAAAUAAAAGCCAAAAAAUAGUAAUAUAUUUGGCAACACUAUGGGGUGGUUUCCCAUACAGGGAUUAUCUUAAGCCAUGUUUAAUUAGGAAAUAUAACUAGUUUUAACAAACAUGCCCUAAAGUAAAACAUUACUUGUGUGCAUUUUGAGGCAAAACAAAGGGCACUGAUGUAUUUUAAGAUAUGUCAGUGCAAUAUGUUAUCAGUUUGGACAGCUCUUAGUCUAGGACUUGUCUAAUCCCUGUCCAGGAAACCGCCCAAAUAUGUUUGCAUCACUUUUAAUAUAAUGUAGAAUUGGUUUAUAUACAACUUUCUUAAAAAAACAACAACACAAUCUCAUGGCAAUACAUAGCAAUGUUUUAAGCGGGUAAUUCGUAAGAAGCUCAUUUGUGUUUGAGAAAAAUCAGCUUUUGCCCCAAUGACAUAGGGGCAGUUUCCCAAAGAGAUCCUAGUUAUAUCAUUACAUUGAAGUCGUUUAUACAAACAUACCCUACAAAAACCAAUAUAAAUGUGCAUCUCGGGACAAAACAAUUACACUACAGUGAGGAAAAUAAGUAUUUGAACACCCUGCUAUUUUGCAAGUUCUCCCACUUAGAAAUCAUGGAGGGGUCUGAAAUUGUCAUCAUAGGUGCAUGUCAACUGUGAAACUCAUAAUCUAAAAUAAAUCCAGCAAUCACGAUUUUUUUUUACUAUUUAUUUGUAUGAUAUAGCUGCAAAUAAAUAUUUGAACACCUGAGAAAAUCAAUAUUAAUAUUUGGUACAGUAGCCUUUGUUUUUAAUUACAGAGUUAAAAUGUUUCCUGUAGUUUUUCACCAGGUUUUCAAACACUGCAGGAGGGAUUUUGGCCCACUCCUCCACACAGACCUUCUCUAGAUCGGUCAGGUUUCUGGCCUGUCGCUGAGAAACACAGAGUUUGAGCUCCCUCCAAAGAUUCUCUAUUGGGUUUAGGUCUGGAGACUGGCUAGGCCACGCGAGAACCUUGAUAUGCUUCUUACAGAGCCACUCCUUGGUUAUCCUGGCUGUGUGCUCUGGGUCAUUGUCAUGUUGGAAGACCCAGCCUCGACCCAUCUUCAAUGCUCUAACUGAGGGAAGGAGGUUGUUCCCCCAAAUCUCGCAAUACAUGGCCCCGGUCAUCCUCUCCUUAAUAUAGUGCUCUGUCCCAUGUGCAGAAAAUCACCCCCAAAGCAUGAUGCUACCACCCCCAUGCUUUACAGUAGGGAUGGUGUUCUUGUGAUGGUACUCAUCAUUCUUCUUCCUCCAAACACGUUUAGUGGAAUUAUGACCAAAAAGUUCUAUUUUGGUCUCAUCUAACCACAUGACUUUCUCCCAUGACUCCUCUGGAUCAUCCAAAUGGUCAUUGGCAAACUUAAGACGGGCCUGGACAUGUGCUGGUUUAAGCAGGGGAACCUUCCGUGCCAUUCAUGAUUUCAAACCAUGACGUCUUAGUGUACCACCAACAGUAACCUUGGAAACGGUGGUCCCAGCUCUUUUCAGGUCAUUGACCAGCUCCUCCCGUGUAGUUCUGGGCUGAUUUCUCACCUUUCUUAGGAUCAUUGAGACCCCACGAGGUGAGAUCUUGCAUGGAGCCCCAGUCUGAGAGAGAUUGACAGUCAUGUUUAGCUUCUUCCAUUUUCUAAUAAUUGAUCCAACAGUGGACCUUUUUUCACCAAGCUGCUUGCCAAUUUUUCCAAAGCCCUUUCCAGUCUUGUGGAGGUGUACAAUUUUGUCUCUAGUGUCUUGGGACUUUCUCUUGGCCAUGUUAGUAGUUGGAUUCUUACUGAUUGUAUGGGGUGGACAGGUGUCUUUAUGCAGCUAACGACCUCAGAGAGGUGCAUCUAAUUUAGGACAAUAAAUGGAGUGGAGGUGGAAAUUUUAGAGGCAGACUAACAGGUCUUUGAGGGUCAGAAUUCUAGCUGAUAAACAGGUGUUCAAAUACUUAUUUGCAGUAUGUAUCAAAUCGUGAUUGCUGGAUUUUUUUUAGAUUAUGUCUCUCACAGUGAACAUGCACCUACGAUGACAAUUUCAGACCCCUCCAUGAUUUCGAAGUAGGAGAACUUGCAAAAUAGCAGGGUGUUCAAAUACUUAUUUUCCUCACAGUAUGUUAAGAUGCCAGUGUUUUUAAAUGAAGCAGCUCAAACAUGCAUUUGAGUCAUUCUUGAUUUUUUUUGAUAAUCGUAAGAAUUUUUAUAAAAUCGGCACUAUGUAAAACCAUGAGACCAGGUUUAAAAACAGAUAGUCUUGCCAUAAACCUUUGGUUGAAUCAAUGCUGCUUACAUGCAUCAGGCUUAUAUGUGCACAAUAAACUGAAACAGUAAAUAUUUUUUACAAAUAAAAUUACACAUUGCUUUAAACAUUGCUUUGUAGUAUUGACAAACUAGUUACAAUUUAGCUAACAGUAAAUUAAAUAUUUUUUUAAAAGAACUGCAUCACAUGGUAUUUUUUAUCAUUUGCUUUAUUGAUUUGUACAGACAU